GAAAACGGAUAUCCGAGUUCUACGUGUGACGUCACAUAGUGAGAGCAACAAGUGCCAUGUGACUAGUCCGGUCACAUGAUCGACACACAUCAGUUUCAAAGCAGUGGGAAGAAGGGUGUAACAAGUGAAGUGUAAGAAGAGAUCCCACGUGGAAAAAGGAAUCAACAUGGGGACCAUAUUCCGCAGUGAGGAGAUGUCCCUCUGUCAGCUGUUCCUCCAGUCAGAGGCAGCUUACGCCUGCGUCUCCGAACUCGGGGAGCUCGGACUCAUGCAGUUCAAAGAUUUAAACCAUGGAGUUAAUGCCUUCCAGAGGAAGUUUGUCAAUGAAGUGAGACGAUGUGAGGAGAUGGAGAGAAAACUCCGAUACAUAGAGAAGGAGAUCAAGAAGGAGAAGCUGAAGAUCCCGGACUAUGGAGAGAACCCUAAAGCACCUGCUCCAAAGGAGAUGGUUGACCUGGAGGCCACCUAUGAGAAGAUCGAGGGAGAGCUUAGAGAGGUUAACACAAAUGCAGAGGCACUGAAGCGAAACUUCCUGGAGCUGACAGAACUUAGGGAAGUCCUGCUCAAGACACAGAACUUCUUCUCUGCUCACCGGCAUGAGAUGGGAAGCCUGGUACAUGAUGCCCAACAGGCUCUUCAUCAAGAUGAGGUCGGCUUGGCUCCACAGCAGUCAGUACAACUGGGUUUCCUGGCUGGUUGCAUCCGAAGAGAGAAGUUACCUGCCUUUGAGAGGAUGCUGUGGUUCGCCUGUCGCGGUAAUGUCUUCCUCCGAUAUGAAGAAAUCCAGCAACCAAUGGAGGAUCCUGUCACUGGCGAUCCUGUCUUCAAGAGUGUCUUCAUCAUCUUCUUCCAAGGCGAGCAGCUCAAGUCCAGAGUCAAGAAGAUCUGUGAAGGGUUCAAGGCAUCCCUGUAUCCCUGUCCCGACUCGCCCCAGGAGAGGGAGGAGAUGUUGAAGGGUGUGUCCACCAGGCUGGAGGAUCUCAAGAUGGUGUUGAACCAGACACAGGACCAUAGACACCGUGUUCUUGUUGGGACGCAGAAGGAGAUUCGAACAUGGAUCAUCAAGGUGGAAAAGAUCAAGGCCAUCUACCAUACCCUGAACAUGUUCAACUUUGACGUGUCACAUAACUCGCUCAUCGCUGAAGGAUGGUGUCCAGUUAGGGCUCUGGAAGAAGUGCAGAUGGCUCUCAAGCAGGGAGAGAAAACUAGUGGAAGUACAAUCCCUACAAUCAUCCACCCAAUGAGGACCCUUGAGACACCACCCACCUACUUCCGUACUAACAAGUUCACCAAGGGCUUCCAAAACAUUGUAGAUGCCUAUGGCAUUGCCAGCUACAGAGAAGUCAACCCAGCUCCUUAUGCUAUCAUCACCUUCCCCUUCCUGUUUGCUGUGAUGUUCGGUGAUGCUGGCCAUGGAAGUCUCAUGUUCCUGUUCGGACUGUGGAUGAUCAUCAGUGAGAAGAAGCUCCUAGCUCAGAAGUCAGACAAUGAGAUUUGGAACACCUUCUUUGGUGGUCGUUACAUCAUCACUCUGAUGGGUCUCUUCUCAACCUACACAGGGGUCAUCUAUAAUGAUGCAUUCUCUAAGAGCUUCAACAUCUUUGGAUCAGCAUGGCAUCCUGAUUACCCGAAAGAUUUGCUUGAGGUGCCAGACAUCGAGCUGACAUUAGACCCUGCCAAGUUCUUCAGGAAUAGUACACCCUACCCACUCGGCAUAGAUCCAAUUUGGCAAUUAUCUGAUAACAAGAUCACGUUCCUCAACUCCUUCAAGAUGAAGACAGCUGUUAUCCUCGGCAUCUCUCAAAUGUUGUUCGGCAUCAUUUUGGGAAUCUUCAACCACAUCCACUUCAGGAAUGUGUUGAACAUCCUGGUGGAGUUCAUCCCCGAGGUCAUCUUCCUCCUCAGCCUCUUCGGCUACCUCGUCGCCCUCGUCUAUUUCAAGUGGGUCACAUUCGAUGUCACCGAGGCCAGCUGUGCACCUGCGCUGCUCAUCCAGUACAUCAACAUGUUCAUGUUCAAUUACAAAGCCAAAGGAGACCCAAAGUGUGUAACCCACAGUUGCCUUUCUACUCAAACCAGCAUAUCUACCCAGAGCCAAACAGUCCAGACCAUAUUAUUGAUAGCUGCUGUUGCCUGUGUGCCCGUGUUGCUGUUCAUCAAGCCCUUUGUCCUUCGAGCUCAACAUAAUGCUAAGCUCAGGGAAAUUGAAGCUAUGAGAGGCAGCCUUGCUGCUCACUCUACAGAUGCUCUUAUUCCAAAUGAAGUUCUUGGAGAAAAUUCUGCCGGUAAUGGGGUACCGCGUAAACAGAAUGCUGAUUCAAAAGCCGAUGGGGAAGGCGAUAUCGAACUUGGGCCAUUGCCAGAAGGGGCAGAUAACCCUGAGGAAUUGCCAUCUACUAGUCAAGCUGAGGACUCAGUACCUGCAUCUGUUUCACAGAAAGACAUCAGUGUGAAUUCAGAGGGCGACGCUACUGUUCUUCUUCUCGAUGAUGGUUUUGAGGAUGAUUUUGAGUUUGGCGAGAUCUUCAUCCACCAAGUGAUCCACACCAUCGAGUUCUGCCUUGGCUGCAUCUCACACACAGCAUCCUACCUGCGUUUGUGGGCUCUCAGUCUGGCACAUGCCCAGCUGUCCGAGGUGCUGUGGCAGAUGGUGUUCAGCCUGGGGCUUAGCAUGGACAUUCCAUGGUUCGGUUCAGUCAUCGUGUUUGUCUUGUGGAUGUUCUGGGCCAAUCUGACCAUCGUGCUGCUGGUUAUGGAGGGGCUGUCUGCUUUCCUGCACACCCUCCGUCUCCACUGGGUGGAGUUUCAGAGCAAGUUCUAUGUCGGUGAUGGCUACAGCUUUAACCCCUUCAGCUUCAAGUUUGUCCUUGACAUUGAGUCCUUGGAGGACAUCAAAUAAGGCUUCCAUUGGCCUGUCAGGUCAGGACCUGCAGUCCUGUUCCAGUCUUCCUGCUACACUUGUCUCCGAUACUGCUACCAUCACUGGUAGUUAGAUACCAUUUUGGGUACACAUUCUGAUUCCCUAAGAUUACAGUUUAAAUUGAAAGCUGAUUAAGAUAAACUUUCAGGACUUUUUGGGAAGUAGUUUUGAUGAAACUAUUAUAAUAUCCUGCUAUUUAGAAGUCAUUUGGCAAAAGUGAUUUUAUUUUCUUUGAAUAUGGGUACUGUUCAUAUGUGUUUAUUACAUUGAACACAGUCUUCCUGAAUGUUUGAAGUAGAAAUAAUGGAUGUCGUUUUUAGACGUAUACUCUUGCAAUGUUUAUUACUGCAAUUCUUUGUUAUCAGUGCUAGAAGACUUUACUUACUCGACAGUAAAAUGAAUACAGUGACUUGCUUCCUAUGCUUUGCCAUUGUAAUUAGAGUAUUUCCAUUUUGAGUUUGUUUCCAAUAAAAAAUUAUUUCAAGGUUAUUUUUUUACCUAUAGGAACUGUUAUAAAGAUUAGGUUUGCUUCAGCGACAGUUUAUUCAUCACAUAGUGACAAAUGCAACGUAGUGUACAUCAGUUUACAACUUUAUUGUAUUGUUAUACAUGGAAAUAUGUAUUUUGUGUAAUCAUUGGUUACCAUGUUCAUACGUAGGUGUAAAACUUUUACUCUUGUCAAAAGAAAAUCUGUUUCUGGGAAAUACUGAUACCGGCUUUAUGACAUGUUACAAAUAAACUGAAUAAAUCGUCUUCCAAUCA